AUGACAACAUCAAUUCCGUUUUCAUGCAUUCCACCUUUACAAAAAAUCAGUUUAGUAAAUACAUCUCAACCUCAGAUUUCUAUAUCUCUCACAACUCCAAUCUUUACUAAAUCCACUACAAAUCUGGAAAAAACCUCAACUGCAGUUCCACCAAAAGAUCCUACUUUUGAAUCCUAUCAAGAGGAGAAUAGGUCUUCAAAGAUCCCUGGUAACACAUCUAACAUGGAAUCAAAUGUCAAUAUUUGUGUGACUACUGAGAACGUUUCUUCUUCAAUUCCUAAUUCUAAUGAUGAUGAAGAUGUCAUUUUUGGGGAUGACCCAGAACCCAUUGAUGAUGUCAUUUUUCUAUCUUUUACUAUGAGGGUUGCUAGUGAUGAUGAUGAUGCUCCGAUUACGAAGGGUCAAUUCAAAAAGCUGAAUCAGAAGGUUGAUUCCAUUUUGAAUCACACAAUUACUUUUUCAACAUCGAAUUAG